AUGUCUCCUCCUGCCAGCGUUGACUUUGAAUCCAAAGGCUCCAGUCAUGUCAAGCGUAGGCUGUCCAGCAUUGGCCAUGCAGGUAAAAAGCCUGUUGUCCAUGCUUACUCCUCCCUUGCUCCCAUGUGGGCAGGUAUUGCUGGCGCUGUCGUGAAUGGUGGACAAGGUUUUGAGAUCGCAAUUUCCGUACACGACUCCGUCUACAACACAGAUUUCGCAUCGGCCAUCAUGCCUUACACUCCCAACGACCCCACCAAGUCCGCAUCUGAGAUUGCGAACCACGUUAUUCAGACCAUCAAGAAGUUCUCUCAGGAGCACUUGUGCAAGUUCCUUGGCGCUGGUGUUACUCUCGGUCUUUUGAAAGAGUGUCCCAACCUCUGCACUCUUUUAUGGCUCGAGACUGAUAUCGUCCCAAUCGUCUUCAAUAUCAAGUCCUUCCACACUGAUUCAUUGACACGUCCCAACGUCAAGCACCGCAUCUCCUCAACCACCGGCUCAUAUGUUCCCUCCGGUUCUGAGACCCCCACAGUCUAUGUUGAUCCGUCCCCACUUUUGGACCAGGACAACAACCUCCAGUCGGGUGUUGCCACCAAGCUUCCCAUCCCGCGUACCCUUGAUGAGCAAGCGGAUUCUGCCGCCCGAAAAUGCAUCAUGUAUUUCGGCCCUAACAAUAACCCUCGUCUAACCAUCGGUCCCCGUAAUCAAGUUACCGUGGACGCAGCCGGCAAGAUCCACCUGAUCGAUGAUCUCGAAGUGUACAGAAAAUCUGUUGGACCAGGUACUUGGAAUGCCGUCAACAAACUUGCGGACGAAUUGCGGGAGAAAAAGGUCAAGAUCGGUUUCUUCUCUUCCACACCUCAAGGGGGUGAGUGGCUUAUCAUGCGACAUGCUCUUGUCAGAUUCCUUACUGCUCUGGAUGUUGAUGUUGCAUGGUACGUGCCGAACCCAUCACCGAGCGCUGUCGCUGCUCCAGACCUUCGCCUCACCCAGGAGGCGAAAGAUCAGUUCGAUGCAUGGAUCCUGAAAAAUGGACUUAGAUGGACUGCAGAGGGCGGGCCCCUGGCCCCUGGUGGCGUUGACAUUGCUUUCAUUGACGACCCUCAGAUGCCUGGUCUUAUUCCGCUCAUCAAAAAAGUCAGACCCGAGUUACCUAUCGUAUACCGAUCGCACAUCGAGAUCCGCAGCGAUCUUGUGCAUGCAAAAGGUUCUCCUCAGGAGGGAGUCUGGAAAUACCUCUGGAACAAUAUCCAGUUGGCAGAUCUCUUCAUCAGUCAUCCAGUCAACAAGUUCGUCCCUAGCGAUGUCCCUGUCGAGAAGCUGGCAUUGUUGGGUGCCGCCACUGACUGGCUCGAUGGGUUGAACAAGGACCUCCACCCUUGGGAUAGCCAGUUCUACAUGGGCGAAUUCCGAGCCCUCUGUGCGAAGGAGAAGAUGACCGAGCUCAAGUGGCCUCAGCGGGACUACGUUGUCCAAGUUGCCCGCUUCGACCCGGCGAAGGGUAUUCCAAAUGUCAUCGACUCUUACGCUCGCUUCCGCGCCAUGCUCAAGGAGUCCGGAAGGGUUACCGAAGAGGAGGUGCCCCAGCUACUGAUUUGUGGCCACGGUGCUGUCGAUGACCCUGAUGCCAGCAUCAUCUACGACCAAGUCAUGAACCUCGUCAACUCGCCUGACUACCAGGUGUACCAGAAGGACAUUGUCGUGAUGAGAUUGCCCCCGAGCGACCAACUUCUCAACGCCCUGAUGGCUAACGCCAAGAUUGCCCUUCAGCUUUCCCUUCGUGAGGGCUUUGAAGUCAAAGUUUCCGAAGCCGUGCAUGCAGGUAUACCUAUCGUGGCUUGUCGCACAGGUGGUAUUCCUCUUCAGAUCGUGCAUGGCAAGUCGGGCUACCUCACAGAGGUCGGCGAUAACAAUCAAGUUGCCAAGUACCUCUUCAACUUGUAUACCGACGAGAAGUUGUACCAGGAGAUGAGCGAGUACGCACGCACACACGUCUCUGAUGAAGUAAGCACUGUCGGAAACGCCGCUGCUUGGUUGUACCUCGCCGUAAUGUACAAUCGCGGUGUGAAGAUCCAGCCUCAUGGUGCUUGGCUCAACGACAUGUUGAGAGAGGAGACUGGGGAACCUUACGUCGAGGGCGAGCCUAGACUUCCUCGUGGCGGGUUGAACAUCCAAGGUUAA